UCGGAGGCGAGUCUCGAGUGCAGUUCUUGACGUUGCAACUGCAAUCCAUCGCAUCUAGCGGUCAGUGUUACUCGGGCGAUUCGAUAGGCCGGAUAAGAGCCAUCUUCCCAAGUCGACACAAUUCCCUUCACCUCGUCUUCUGCAACAGCUCGUCGAGCGGUAGACUGGCCGUUUAAGAGGAGCGAUUUGCGUAAUUAUUCCUUUCUUGUCCACUUGUCUGCAGGUCUGUAAGUAAGGAUAUCGAGAUAUAGAGGUAACAAUGCUUACGUAAUUCGGCUCAUCAAAGCUUGAGUUAACGACGGUGAACAAUGGCUCUCAUAAAAAGUCCGACCUUGGAGGAAGAGAUGAGGAAAAAUCCGGAACUGAAGGAGUCGGACAUCCAGGCGUUGAGAGAAUGGUGUGCUAAACAGCCGCAUUUGCCGAAAAUCUCGGAUUUCGAGCUUGCACUCUUCCUGCACAGCAAUUAUUACCGCUUGGAACCAACGAAGAACACCAUUGACGUGUUCUACACCAUAAGAAGCCACGUGCCCGAAUUGUUCUCCAACCGAGACCCCCUCGGAUCAAAAGCGAUGCGCCAGGCCUUGAACGUUGGCUGUUUCCUGCCGCUGAAGAAGACGACGGAGGAGGGGUACAAGAUCGUCUUAGCGAAGCUGGUGGACUUUGAUCCUUCCCAUUACGUGUACAACGACUGCACCAAGUACUUCUGUAUGGUGUUGGAUAUGUGGCUAUACACCGAGGGCACGGCCAAGGGUCACGUUUUGUUAAUAGACAUCGAAGGCGUUACUCUUGGCCACGCUGGUCGCCUCAGUCCCAUGGGCCUUAAGAAGUUCCUCUACUACCUUCAAGAUGGGUUACCAGUCAGGUUGAAGGGUAUGCACUUCAUGAACACCUCCCCGGUGAUGGACGUUAUCCUGGGGAUGAUGAAACCCUUCAUGAAGAAGGAACUGAUGGACAUGCUCCACAUGCACUCGACUACCGAAAGCUUGACCAAGUAUAUACCUCUGGAAGCUCUGCCGAACGAGCAAGGUGGAAAAGCUGGUCCUCUUGCAGAAUUGAAUGCUGCUCAGGUAAAAAUUCUGGAAGAUCACCGAGCCUGGUUCCUGGACGAAGAAGUUUCGGCCAGGGUCAACGAGUCUCUUCGACCUGGCAAGGCCAAAAACGCCACCGACCUCUUCGGGGUCGAGGGAAGCUUCAAGAAGCUGGAAAUAGAUUAAGAGCAUUUCCUUCGAUUUGUGGGAAGCGUUGAUAAAGCGGCCACUCAUUGGACUACAGGGGAUUUGCAUAGGAUUUUUACGAUACUAAUAAUUUUAAGAUACCUUAAGGCGAUAUGAAAGUGGCGUCAAGGAGGUCUCGUUUGUGAAACUUUUCUCCGAGCUGGGUGUACCGAAUCGUCUUAAACUUUAUAAUGUGAACAUUGAGGCUAUAAUAAAGAUGUUGACACCCAUGAAAAUCAA